UAUUGUGUCAAACAGGAACCACCGGAGGAGAAAGAAAACAUCAACAACAGACCGCUCCGAACAGUAACGUUAGUUUCUAGCAGUUCAAAACAUUUUUUUGUUUUAAACGUAGUGUUUAAGCUUACAUCAGCAAUGGAACAGGCCGGCUACUCUCCAAGUUUUAAGAAACCUGCUGAUAUUAUGCGAAUGAGAAGGAAACGAGCACGGAGCGAGGGAGUUAGCCCCAACGUCCGUGCAUCUCUAUCGGUACCAGGGACUCGUCCAUUCUCACCAGGGCCAUUGCUAAAUGCUCCUAAUCGCCCUGGUGUAGCAGGCCAAAAACGGAGGAAUCCUUUCGCAAACAUCGAAAACACUUUCAACAGCCCGAAGAAGAGAGCAACUGUUCGAUCCGAUGGAGAUGUGGAUGAUUUCUUUAAUUAUAAAAAGCGUGCUCUUGUCGAGGCAGAAGGGGAGAACUCGGCACUUUAUGCAACCAAGACUUCGUUAUCCUACUUGGACCAGUUUGACCAAGAAGCCAAAACCACUGAGAAGUUGCUGGAGACUCCUAUUUCCAUCUCCAAAAAUGAUUCUCUGUUUGAGGCAGAUUUGUUUGAAGAGGAGAAAACCACUGCCCUGGUUAAGAGUCCCCAGCACCAAGCUGCUGUUGAAGAGGUUCCUCCCGUGUCUGAGUGUCCAGAAUACCCUGCCGACUGGAGUCUGAAGACGCGUCUGCUGUUCACAUCAUCUCACGCCUUUUCAUGGGCAGAGCAACCAAAAGCUCAGGAGGAGGCCCAGGGCUUGACCCAGCACUGCAGGGCAGAAUAUGCCUGUCUUCCUCAGAACAUACAGGAUCCUCGGUCGUGUCCAGAGCUGCGCUGUGGUUUCCAGCAGGCCCUACAGUACUGGCAGCACCCGUCCUUGCCCUGGCUGUCCCUGUUCCCGCGGAUCGGAGCUGAGCGCAAGUUUGCUGGCAAAAGCUCGCCAUGGAGCCAGGACACGGAGGUGCAGCAGAGCAUGAUGCGCGAAUGGUCGGUGAGCCUGACGUCCCUGUACAGCCUGCUGAAGGCGCGGCUGUGCCCCUACUUCUACCUGUGCUCCUACCAGUUCACCGUGCUCUUCCGCGCCUCUGGCCUCAGCGGUGCGCCGGGCCUCACCGCACUACUCACGCCCACCACCAGGGGACUGCGCGAGGCCAUGAAGGCAGACGGGAUUGAGUUCACACUGCCCCUACUGGAGGACAAAAGGAAGAGCAAGGAACACAGUGACGAGUGCAAGUCUGCUGAGGGAGAGGAUCCACACAACUCAGCUUCUGGAGAGCACAGUGACCAAGAGGUGGACAAGGGUGUGGAUGAAGAUGACGAUGACGAUGAUGAUGCUGGAUUCUCCUGGCUUAAAGAGAUGGGAGUUCAGGAUAAGAUUAAGAAGCCAGACUCCAUCACCAUCAAACUUCAGAAAGAGCGCAGCUCCGUGUGCCUGGACCACAAGCCCGAGUCCGUGGUGCUGGUGAAGGGCGCGCACACACACACGCUCAUCAACUUCCUCAUCAACUGCAAGAGCCUGGUGGCGGCGGCCGGUACCCAGGCAGGCCUGCCCCCCACCCUGCUGGCCCCCAGCGCCUUCAGGGGGGCCACGCUACAGACGCUUAAGGCACGCAGUAUAAACGUGAAGACGCAAGUGCGGACCGGCUACCUGGAUUUGUGCAGUCUGGAGGUCACAGGACCCAUAAUGCCUCACUCCCUCCACAUGCUCACUCAACUGUUGCGCACUGCCCAGAAAGGGUCCUUCACUGCUGUACUCUACACGCACGAUCCCACAGCCGUCCUCAACGUGCCUGUCUGCAAGAACACGGAGCCUAAAGAACAGGUGGAUGUGGUCGCUCCGUCUGGCUGCGGUCUGUCUCCGGCAACACUGCAGCAGAUCGCGGAGCCGGCGUCCCUGGGGAAAUCCGCCCUGCGCCAGUUACACCUGAGGGGUUACGGGUACACCUGGAAAAGCUGAGGCACGCGCAAAAGACCCUCGUACACUUUUAAAUAUAUCAUCUUGGUUUUUAAAUGUACACGUAUUUGCCAAAAUGCACACAAAGCCACAGGAUACACAGCUUCAGCACUUGGUUCUCCAUUGGAAGGUAACAUGGGAAGAAGUGACUAAAGGACAUCACAGCUCUUUUCUUCGCAGAGAACCAGAGCUUCACUAGAUUUACAGUAAAUCAAAUAUUCAACUAACUUUACCUUUGUUAAGUUGAGAGUGUGUGGUUUGUGUGUGGUGUGUGUGUGGUGUGUGAUGUGUGUGUGUGUGUGUGUGUGUGUGUGUGUGGUCUCGCAGGACAGUGUCACUGCCUAAUGUGUGUUAUUUGGAAGGUUCGAUAAGUCUUUUUAUGAAUUUGUGAUUGUGCCCUGUAUGUUGAGUGAUUAAAAAGAGCAGUUGGUUUUUGUGUCCUGAAA